AUGGGAGAGAAGAAUGUGGAGAGGGAAUGGAGAACCAGUAGUCAAAACUUGGGGCCCUCCGGUGCCAGAAAAGCCCCACCCUCGGCGGCCGGGGAAACGCGCCGCCGGGUCGCGAGGUGGCGCUGUGGCUCUACGAAAGCGGGAGACCUGGGCGCGCGGGUUGCCCGCUUGCGCGGUGCGGCCUCGGCGAGGCGACAGGGCCCUCUCGGUGGGGUUGGCACUGUUCAUACCGCAGCCCCGAAAUGGGGACGGGCAUACAGGCCCAAUUUAAAAAUAAAUAAGGGAGCAGUCUGGCAGCGGACCGAGGGCACCGAGCGUCGGAGACUGCCCGGGAGGUACAAUUGGGACGCGGAACUGUCCAGCAGGGACCUAACCCUCCGCCAGUUUGGUCCAGCCACCGGAGCGGAGCCGGCCCCGCUGCGCCCGGGCGCCGCCCUGCUCACGCCGGAGCCCGGCCUCGGGGUGGGUCUGGCCCGGGCUCACUUUGAGAAGCAGCCGCCUUCCAAUCUGCGGAAAUCCAACUUCUUCCACUUCGUCCUGGCCCUCUACGACAGACAGGGCCAGCCCGUGGAGAUCGAGAGGACCGCCUUUGUGGGGUUCGUGGAGAAGGAAAAAGAAGCCAACAGUGAAAAGACCAAUAACGGAAUUCACUACCGCCUGCAGCUCCUCUACAGCAAUGGGAUCAGAACGGAGCAGGAUUUCUACGUGCGCCUCAUUGACUCCAUGACAAAACAAGCCAUAGUGUAUGAAGGCCAAGACAAGAACCCCGAAAUGUGCCGAGUCUUGCUCACACACGAGAUCAUGUGCAGCCGCUGUUGUGACAAGAAAAGCUGUGGCAACCGAAAUGAGACUCCCUCAGAUCCAGUGAUAAUUGACAGGUUCUUCUUGAAGUUUUUCCUCAAAUGUAACCAAAAUUGCCUAAAGAAUGCAGGAAACCCCCGUGACAUGCGGAGAUUCCAGGUCGUGGUGUCUACAACAGUCAACGUGGAUGGCCAUGUCCUGGCAGUCUCCGAUAACAUGUUUGUGCAUAACAACUCCAAGCAUGGGCGGAGGGCUCGGAGGCUUGACCCCUCGGAAGCUACUCCCUGUAUCAAAGCCAUCAGCCCGAGUGAAGGAUGGACGACGGGAGGCGCGACUGUGAUCAUCAUAGGGGACAAUUUCUUUGAUGGGUUACAGGUCAUAUUCGGUACCAUGCUGGUCUGGAGUGAGUUGAUCACUCCGCAUGCCAUCCGAGUGCAGACCCCUCCUCGGCACAUCCCUGGUGUGGUAGAAGUCACCCUGUCCUACAAAUCCAAACAGUUCUGCAAAGGGACUCCGGGAAGAUUCAUUUACACAGCGCUUAAUGAGCCCACCAUUGAUUAUGGCUUCCAGAGGUUACAGAAGGUCAUUCCCCGGCACCCUGGUGACCCUGAGCGUUUGCCAAAGGAAGUCAUCCUCAAAAGGGCUGCGGACCUGGUGGAAGCGCUGUAUGGGAUGCCACACAACAACCAGGAAAUCAUUCUGAAGAGAGCGGCAGAUAUCGCGGAGGCCCUGUACAGUGUCCCCCGCAACCACAAUCAGCUGCCGGCCCUCGCCAACACCUCGGUGCACGCAGGGAUGAUGGGUGUGAAUUCCUUCAGCGGGCAGCUGGCCGUGAACGUCUCGGAGGCAUCACAGGCAACCAAUCAGGGUUUCACCCGAAACUCAAGCAGCGUGUCGCCACAUGGGUAUGUGCCCAGCACCACCCCGCAGCAGACCAACUACAACUCUGUCACCACAAGCAUGAAUGGAUACGGCACUGCCGCCAUGUCCAAUUUGGGUGGCUCCCCAACCUUCCUCAACGGCUCAGCUGCCAACUCGCCCUAUGCCAUUGUGCCAUCCAGCCCCACCAUGGCCUCCUCCACAAGCCUCCCCUCCAACUGCAGCAGCUCCUCCGGCAUCUUCUCCUUCUCACCAGCCAACAUGGUCUCCGCUGUGAAACAGAAGAGCGCUUUUGCGCCAGUUGUCAGACCCCAGACUUCCCCGCCUCCCACCUGCACCAGCACCAAUGGGAACAGCCUGCAAGCGAUAUCUGGCAUGAUUGUUCCUCCCAUGUGAAAGAAUUGCCUUGAAGAAUUUUAUUAAUGAAGAGGUUGGAUUCUGCUACAGAGAGUAAUCUGAUACAAGUCCCAGAGUGGAACUUUUAACUCAGGCCUUUUUAAGAGGAAUCACAAUAACUGCAGAUUUUUAAACAAACAAAAUCACCGACCUUGCAAAUACUGAAAUUGGAAGGGAUCUGCAAGGGCAGGGUGUGGGUUCAUGUUGUACCUCCCAAGUAUUGGGGAGAUAUAUUUAUUCUGUAUUGGUAAAAAGCAAAUCCACUUUUUUUCUUUCCUUUCUUUGUUUUCUUUCUUCAGCUUAACUCUGCAAUCAUUGGUCUUUUAUAAACCGUAAAGCUCUAUCCAAGGGACACUAUAAAAAAGACUCCAUGUUUUAAUUUAUGAUGUUUUUAAAGCUGUGUAAAGGGAGAACGAAGUGAGAUAUUUACAAAAAAGUUACAAAAGGAAAAAAAAAGCUUGUAUGGGACAGAAUAGGAAUGCCAGUUAGAUUUUUUUUUAGAAAACUAAGGGUCGGCUUUUGCGCCUUAAAGCAUAUCAAAUGGUAGUUAGCUCAGCCAGUGCAUUUCCGUAUCUAACUUGACAUGCCACCCCUUAGCAGUGCAAGCUUCUUUCUCUCUUUCGUAUUGUUGUCUUAAGUAACGGUGUAAAUAAGUGCAGCCUGGAACGUGAAAGAAGCGCUGUAAGUGACCACAUUUCCCCUUCCGCUCAGAAAAGUCCAGUGCCUCUAGACAGAUUGUUAAAACUGCAUCUUUACAGCGGUGUUACGCGCUUUCACGGAUGCCAGCUCCUUUGGAAGAGCUAGGUGGCACCCAGACUGGCGUGUGAACCUUGCAUCUCCUUUGGGAUUUCAUGGAACAGGGUCCAGGCACGGAGUCCUAUGUUCAGCCCCGCAGUCACCACGCCAAAAUCUCACUCGUGCACCCCCACCAUGCGCACAGAAAAUGCUAACGUGGGCCCAGGACCCCCAAAGCUCAAAGCCAAGAAGGGCGACAUGGCCGCAUUUCAGAUUUCCCACGCAGGAGCUUGCGCGUGCCUGGACCAGUGGACCCCUGCCCAUUUGUAAGGGAGAGAGCCCACUGCCACAGGCACCAUGCUUUGGAAUUCAUAGGAAAA